AUGAAGUUACUGAUUGUUGUUGCUCUAAUUUUGUCUAUUUUGGGUUUUAGUCUAGCCUUUUCUGUUGGCCUAAACGGAACUUUGUACUGCGAUGGUGGUAAUCUUCAUGGUCAUACUAAAGUGGUAAGAUUUUCAAAUUUGUAGGGUUGGGUUAGUAGGGUUGGCUAGUAGAGUAGGAUAGUAGAGUAGGCAAGUAGGGUAGGGUAAGAUGGUUUUGAUUUUUUUUUGUAAUUUGAAGUUUUGUUUUAGAAAGUAGAGCUAUACAACAGUGCCAAGAUGGAUUUGGUCAAGUCAGUAGAAGCUCAACCGGAUGGAAGUUUUAACCUUGUUGCCGAUCAAUCUGAUGAUGCUUUCGAACCCCUUUAUAUUUUGUAAGUUAAAUUUGUCUAGCUCUAGCCUAACCUCUCUUUCUAUUCUUUUUUUAGAACUGACAUUGUUAAAAUUAGGUUUUACUGUAAGUUUCUCAAAAAAUGUUUUGUUACAGCAAGCACAAAUGCGGCCGUCUGUGUCGCCACAUCUACUUCAACAACACUUACAUUUUGUCACCAGUUCGAAUUGAGCUGUUUAAUGCUGGCAUUAAACAAGACUACAAACAUGGUGAAUGUCCUCAUGAAGAAUAUGAAGCUUAA